UUGCCAACAACAAAACGCAGCGAACUUGUCGGUGGUUGUAGGACGCACUUUGGGAAUAUCCAAACCUUAGAGGACUGUGCUGUCACGCUUUUACGCACGGGGAUUAAUUUUUGACUUGCAAACAUGAUUCCCGAGGAAAGCUUUGGCCCCAUUGAGAACAGGAUGCAGUCUGUAGGCCUGGCUCUGGAGGAGCUGCUGGUAACAGCUCAGAAACAGGACUGCCUCACUGUUGGCAUCUAUGAAUCAGCCAAACUUCUCAAUGCAGACCCGGACAGUGUGGUCCUGUGCGUCCUGGCAGCUGACGAUGAGGACGACGUGGCACUGCAGAUCCACUUCACGCUGCUACAGUCUUUCUGCUGCGACAGCGGCAUCACCAUCCUGCGAGUCUCUGGCGUGCAGCGGCUCCAGCAGCUGCUCGGAGCUGUGGAUGCCAACAGGAACCAGGAGGAGUGUGGAGACCUUCACUGCAUUCUGGUUACGAACCCUCAGGCAGACCACUGCAGGCUACAAGAAGUGGGGAUCUACUGCCAGGAGAGUCGACGCCUGGAUCAGUGGGUGCCUGAACUGGUCCUGCAGGAGCGCUGAAGGGUCUGCUUACUCUGAAAAAACAAAAAAUAAACAAAAAACAACAGCUGUCUGGGUCCAGAUACUGAUAAACUGAGGGAUCUUGAUGCUGAAGCAGGGAUGACCUGGAGUGAACUCGCCCCAGUGUACAAUCCUGACUGAUGACAAGCAGGAACCAAGGACUUGCUCUCAGUAAAACAGUUGGACUGGAGUUUCUAGAAUCUGUUUUUGUGCAAAAGAUACAGACGGAGAAGCAGACUCGCAUUCAGGCCACAUUGUUUUCUUCACAAUGUCAGUAAAACGGUCUAAGCUUCUGUUUUGUGCUGCUGUUUGAGUACUUGCAAUGUUUAUGGGGUGUGACAUGGAUCAUUAAGAGGAGCAUUAGCUUUUACAAGUAAUGUGUCCGCACCCCAGCUGCUACCUUGAAGACUUGGAAUGUUGUAGUGGUGAAACUAUCCCCGACAUUCCUGUGUUCUGAUGUGGGAGUGUUCCAGGAGAGUAGAGGUGUAUGUGUGUGUCAAUGAAUGUGUGGUAUGCAUAUACAAUACUUGUAUGCUUCUUUAGAAAAGACUGGGCGUGCAGCGUUCUUGAAAUGAGCAGCUGUACCUGCGGAGGAAUUGUCUCCAUGGAAACUGUAAUGGAAAUGAUGUUUGAGUUAAAAGACACACAGGACUUAGUGGUGUUGCAGAUCCAAAAAACUGCAGAGGGAGCUUUAAAGCACAAUGUGUUCUUGUUAAAGUUCAAGAUUCAGGAAGACACGGAGUGAACUGUCUGCUUUAAUUGAUUGUGCUGAAAAAAAAAGCACAGUCAAGACUCUUUGUGCCUUCAGGAGUGUUUGCUUUUUGAUAAAAAGUGGCCACACUUAAUUUAUUAAUUGUAUUAGCUGUAUUUUUGUAGCUAUUUCUGGUGUAUUUUGUGCUCUAUAAAAUAAGCCAAUAAAUUAUUGUGUUCUUAA